AUGGAACUGUGGUCAGCUGACUGUGACGGGUCUCCGCCGAGAGUCAGCCCUAUUAUUCGCUCCGAAGACAGUGAUACAAGGCGGCGGCGGGUGAACCCGGGCGAAGUUGAAGUCAAAGUGACCUUGCCUCGGUCUAAGCAAGGCCGCGCCCUGAUUCUUUAUUUGCUCGCGACGGCGCAGAGCCCAAUUCUCUAUGAACCCGAGUCGGGAUCCGCGCUUCCGCCAGAAACGACCAGAAUAACAGCCACACACAGAGCUGAAACAUGUCGAAUCUUUACGGCGACUUUCCCGAAGGCGUUCCCACGAACGUUGCAUCCGUUCGAAAUGCGCUCCAAGAUAUGA